CCCCGUCGUAUGCCUUCCCCGAAGCGGCGCAAGGAGGAAGGGAGGGGAGAGAGGAGCCGCUGGAAGUUAAGAUGGCGGCGCGUGUGAGAGUAGAGUGCUGACCGAACCCUUUCCCGCCCGUCGCCGCCGCGAGCUCCUCGUUCCGUCUUGUCUUUUUCUGUCGCGCGGAGCGAAGGCUCCCAAGUGUGACCGAGACACCCAGCGACAUCCUGAAGGAGACCCCAAGUUAUCCCUCGUCCGUCCUUCUUCCUACCCUCCCCCCACCCCCAACAGCCCGUCCAUUUCCUUCUUGUGCGCCCGGCCCCGGCCCGCCUCCCUCCAGGGAGGGGGAGCGCAACAUGACAUCGAUCCACUUCGUGGUGCAUCCGCUCCCGGGCACCGAGGACCAGCUCAAUGACCGGUUGAGGGAAGUUUCAGAGAAGCUGAAUAAAUACAACUUAAAUAGCCAUCCCCCUUUGAAUGUAUUGGAACAGGCUACAAUUAAACAGUGUGUGGUGGGACCAAAUCAUGCUGCGUUUCUUCUUGAGGAUGGUAGAGUCUGCAGGAUUGGCUUUUUAGUUCAGCCAGACAGAUUGGAAUUGGGUAAACCUGAUAACAAUGAUGGUUCAAAGUUGAGCAGUGGCUCAGGGGCAGGAAGGACAUCCAGGCCAGGCAGAACUAGUGAUUCCCCAUGGUUUCUGUCUGGUUCUGAAACUCUGGGCAGACUGGCAGGCAACACCCUUGGAAGCCGAUGGAGCUCAGGCGUUGGAGGUAGUGGAGGAGGAUCCUCAGGUAGAUCGUCAGCAGGAGCUAGAGAUUCUCGGAGGCAAACACGAGUUAUUCGAACAGGACGUGAUAGAGGAUCAGGACUGUUGGGUAGUCAACCUCAGCCAGUUAUUCCAGCAUCUGUUAUUCCAGAAGAACUCAUUUCACAGGCACAAGUUGUUUUACAAGGAAAAUCUCGAAGUGUGAUCAUAAGAGAGCUCCAGCGAACAAAUCUUGAUGUUAACCUUGCGGUGAACAAUUUGCUGAGCCGUGAUGAUGAAGAUGGAGAUGAUGGUGAUGAUACAGCCAGUGAAUCUUAUCUUCCUGGAGAGGAUCUUAUGUCUCUUCUGGAUGCUGACAUACAUUCUGCUCACCCAAGUGUCAUUAUUGAUGCUGAUGCUAUGUUUUCAGAAGAUAUUAGUUACUUUGGUUAUCCAUCCUUUCGGCGCUCAUCACUUUCCAGGCUAAGCUCAUCCCGAGUUCUCCUUCUUCCCUUAGAGAGAGACUCUGAGCUGUUGCGUGAACGUGAGUCCGUUUUACGUUUGCGUGAACGAAGGUGGCUUGAUGGAGCCUCAUUUGAUAAUGAAAGAGGCUCUACAAGCAAAGAAGGGGAGCCAAAUCUUGACAAGAAGAAUACACCUGUUCAAAGCCCAGUCUCUUUAGGAGAGGACUUGCAGUGGUGGCCAGAUAAGGAUGGAAUGAAAUUUAUUUCUAUUGGUGCUCUCUAUUCUGAACUUGUGGCUGUGAGCAGUAAAGGGGAACUCUAUCAGUGGAAGUGGAGUGAACCUGAACCGUACAGAAAUGCACAGAAUCCUUCAAUACAUCAUCCACGUGCGGGGUCCUUGGGAUUAACCAAUGAGAAAAUAGUCCUACUUUCAGCUAAUAGCAUCAGAGCAACUGUUGCCACGGAAAACAAUAAGGUAGCUACCUGGGUAGAUGAAACUUUGAGUUCUGUUGCUUCUAAACUAGAACAUACUGCACAGACUUACUCUGAACUUCAAGGAGAGCGGAUAGUUUCACUGCAUUGUUGUGCCCUUUACACUUGUGCUCAGCUGGAGAAUAAUUUGUACUGGUGGGGUGUAGUUCCUUUUAGCCAAAGGAAGAAGAUGCUAGAAAAGGCCAGGGCCAAAAAUAAGAAACCCAAGUCUAGUGCUGGUAUCUCCUCAAUGCCAAAUAUUACUGUUGGUACUCAGGUGUGUUUAAGGAAUAAUCCUCUCUACCAUGCUGGAGCAGUUGCGUUUUCAAUUAGUGCUGGGAUUCCUAAAGUUGGUGUCUUAAUGGAAUCUGUUUGGAAUAUGAAUGACAGCUGUAGAUUUCAGCUCCGGUCACCAGAAAGUUUAAAGAACAUGGACAAAGCUAAUAAAAUAAUAGAGGCAAAACCUGAAAGCAAACAGGAACCAGUGAAAACUGAAAUGGGGCCACCACCAUCUCCAGCUUCAACCUGUAGUGAUGCAUCUUCAAUAGCAAGCAGUGCAUCAAUGCCGUACAAACGGCGGCGAUCUACACCAGCUCCUAAAGAGGAAGAGAAAGUGAAUGAAGAACAGUGGUCACUUAGGGAAGUUGUGUUUGUAGAAGAUGUUAAGAAUGUUCCUGUUGGCAAGGUACUAAAAGUGGAUGGUGCAUAUGUUGCUGUGAAAUUUCCAGGGACAUCCAGUAAUGCAAAUUGUACAAACAGCUCUGGUUUGGAUCCUGACCCAUCUUCACUUCUCCAAGAUUGUCGCUUACUCAGAAUAGAUGAACUUCAGGUGGUAAAAACUGGUGGAACACCGAAGGUUCCAGAUUGUUUUCAGAGGACUCCUAAAAAGCUGUGUAUUCCUGAAAAAACAGAAAUAUUAGCAGUCAAUGUAGAUUCAAAAGGGGUACAUGCUGUUCUGAAGACUGGAAACUGGGUUAGAUAUUGCAUCUUUGAUCUUGCAACUGGAAAAGCAGAACAGGAAAAUAAUUUUCCCACUAGCAGUAUUGCUUUCCUCGGGCAGAAUGAGAGGAGUGUUGCUAUUUUCACUGCUGGACAGGAAUCCCCUAUCAUUCUUAGAGAUGGAAAUGGAACUAUAUAUCCAAUGGCGAAAGAUUGUAUGGGUGGAAUAAGGGAUCCUGAUUGGCUUGACCUUCCUCCUAUUAGCAGUCUGGGAAUGGGAGUUCACUCUUUGACAAAUCUUCCUGCUAAUUCAACCAUCAAGAAGAAAGCUGCUAUCAUUAUAAUGGCUGUUGAGAAGCAAACUUUAAUGCAGCAUAUUCUCCGAUGUGACUAUGAGGCCUGCAGGCAGUAUUUGCUGAACCUUGAGCAAGCUGUUGUCUUGGAUCAGAAUCCACAAAUGCUGCAGACAUUCCUUGGCCACAGAUGUGAUGGAAAUCGUAAUAUUCUGCAUGCCUGUGUGUCUGUGUGCUUUCCAACCAGUAAUAAAGAAACUAAAGAGGAAGAGGAAGCAGAGCGCUCUGAAAGAAAUACAUUUGCUGAAAGGUUAUCUGCAGUUGAAGCUAUCGCAAAUGCUAUUUCCGUGGUGUCAAGCAAUGGACCAGGAAAUCGUGCAGGAUCUUCAAGUAGCAGAAGUUUGCGACUGAGGGAAAUGAUGAGAAGAUCUCUGAGAGCAGCAGGUUUGGGAAGGCAUGAAGCUGGAGCUUCUUCUAGUGAUCAUCAGGAUCCUGUUUCUCCUCCAAUUGCUCCUCCAAGCUGGGUUCCUGAUCCUCCUGCAAUGGAUCCUGAUGGUGACAUUGAUUUUAUCCUGGCCCCUGCUGUGGGAUCUCUUACCACAGCAACGACUGGCACUGGCCAAGGACCCAGCACUUCUACUAUACCAGGUCCUUCUACAGAACCCUCUGUAGUGGAGUCAAAGGAUCGGAAAGCAAAUGCACACUUCAUACUGAAACUGUUAUGUGACAGUGUUGUUCUACAGCCUUACCUUCGGGAACUGCUAUCUGCAAAGGAUGCAAGAGGUAUGACGCCUUUUAUGUCUGCUGUUAGUGGCAGAGCGUAUCCUGCUGCAAUUACCAUUUUGGAAACUGCACAAAAAGUUGCCAAAGCAGAGGCAGCUUCAAAUGAAAAAGAAGAAGAUGUAUUUAUGGGAAUGGUUUGUCCAAGUGGCACAAAUCCAGAUGAUUCUCCUUUGUAUGUUUUGUGUUGUAAUGACACCUGCAGUUUUACAUGGACUGGUGCAGAGCAUAUAAAUCAGGAUAUAUUUGAAUGUCGGACAUGUGGUUUACUGGAAUCUCUGUGUUGUUGCACAGAGUGUGCAAGGGUGUGCCAUAAAGGUCAUGAUUGCAAGCUGAAACGUACAUCCCCCACUGCAUAUUGUGACUGCUGGGAGAAAUGCAAGUGCAAAACAUUAAUUGCGGGCCAAAAGUCUGCUCGUCUUGAUCUUCUUUUCCGAUUGCUGACCACCACAAAUCUUGUCACUAUGCCAAACAGCAGGGGAGAGCAUCUUCUAUUGUUUUUAGUACAAACAGUUGCACGACAGACAGUAGAACACUGCCAGUACAGACCACCAAGAAUUAGGGAAGAUCGAAAUCGUAAAACUGCAAACCCUGAAGAUUCAGAUAUGCCCGAUCAUGAUUUAGAACCACCACGAUUUGCACAGCUUGCCUUGGAACGUGUUUUGCAAGAUUGGAAUGCAUUGAAAUCUAUGAUCAUGUUUGGAUCCCAAGAGAACAAAGACCCUCUUAGUGCAAGCAGUAGGAUUGGCCAUCUUUUGCCUGAAGAACAAGUGUACCUUAAUCAGCAAAGUGGUACUAUCCGGCUGGACUGCUUUACACACUGUCUUAUUGUCAAGUGUACAGCAGACAUUUUGCUCUUAGAUACUUUGUUGGGGACUCUUGUAAAGGAACUGCAAAACAAAUACACUCCAGGUCGCAGAGAAGAAGCAAUUUCUGUCACAAUGAGGUUUCUACGUUCUGUGGCAAGAGUUUUUGUCAUCCUGAGUGUGGAAAUGGCUUCAUCAAAAAAGAAAAACAACUUUAUUCCACAGCCCAUUGGAAAAUGUAAGCGUGUAUUCCAAGCUUUGCUACCUUACGCUGUGGAGGAAUUAUGCAAUGUGGCUGAAUCCCUCAUUAUCCCAGUCCGAAUGGGUAUUGCACGCCCUACAGCACCUUUUACUUUGGCAAGCACUAGUAUAGAUGCUAUGCAAGGCAGUGAAGAGCUAUUCUCGGUGGAACCACUGCCACCACGACCAUCAUCUGAUCAGUCCACCAGCUCCAGUCAGCCUCAGUCUGCCUAUAUCAUUAGGAAUCCACAGCAAAGACGGAUCAGUCAGUCUCAGCCAGUUCGUGGUAGAGAUGAAGAACAAGAUGACAUUGUGUCAGCAGAUGUGGAAGAGGUUGAAGUAGUUGAAGGCGUAGCUGGAGAGGAAGACCAUCAUGAUGAACAAGAAGAACAUGGCGAGGAGAAUGCUGAAGCAGAAGGACAGCAUGAUGAACACGAUGAAGAUGGAAGUGAUAUGGAGUUGGAUCUACUAGCAGCAGCAGAAACUGAGAGUGACAGUGAAAGUAACCAUAGCAACCAGGACAAUGCUAGUGGACGCAGAAGUGUUGUAACUGCAGCUACAGCAGGAUCAGAAGCAGGUGCUAGCAGUGUUCCAGCAUUUUUUUCUGAGGAUGACUCUCAGUCAAAUGACACCAGUGAUUCUGAUAGCAGCAGCAGUCAGAGCGAUGAUAUAGAGCAAGAGACUUUUAUGCUAGAUGAGCCUCUAGAGCGAACAACUAGCAGCUCUCAUGCCAAUGGUGCUGCCCAAGCUCCCCGCUCAAUGCAGUGGGCAGUACGUAACACCCAGAAUCAGAGGACUACCAGUACUGCACCAUCUAGUACCUCUGCACCUGCAGCAAGUUCAGCAGGCUUAAUUUACAUCGAUCCAUCCAACCUGCGUCGGAGCGGUACCAUCAGUACAAGUGCAGCUGCUGCUGCUGCAGCCCUUGAGGCGAGCAAUGCUAGUAGCUAUUUAACAUCAGCAAGUAGUUUGGCGAGAGCAUACAGCAUUGUGAUCCGGCAGAUAUCUGACCUAAUGGGCCUGAUUCCCAAGUACAAUCACUUAGUGUACUCCCAGAUCCCAGCUGCAGUGAAGCUGACGUACCAAGAUGCUGUAAACCUGCAGAACUAUGUUGAGGAAAAACUUAUUCCAACCUGGAAUUGGAUGGUGAGCAUUAUGGAUUCUACUGAAGCUCAACUCCGUUACGGUUCUGCUCUUGCCUCCGCUGGAGACCCAGGGCACCCAAACCAUCCUCUUCAUGCAUCACAGAACUCAACGAGGAGGGAGAGGAUGACUGCACGAGAGGAAGCCAGUUUAAGAACUUUGGAGGGGAGAAGGCGUGCCACGUUGCUCAGUGCUCGUCAGGGGAUGAUGUCUGCAAGGGGGGACUUCUUAAAUUAUGCCCUUUCCUUGAUGCGUUCUCACAAUGAUGAACAUUCUGAUGUAUUACCAGUAUUAGACGUCUGCUCAUUGAAACAUGUAGCAUAUGUUUUUCAAGCACUUAUUUAUUGGAUUAAAGCAAUGAAUCAGCAGACAACCUUGGAUACACCACAGCUGGAACGGAAAAGGACUCGGGAACUCUUGGAACUUGGUCUUGACAAUGAGGACUCCGAACAUGAAAAUGAUGAUGACACAAAUCAGAGUGCUACACUUAAUGAUAAGGAUGAUGACUCCCUCCCAGCUGAAACAGGCCAAAAUCAUCCAUUCUUCAGACGAUCAGACUCCAUGACAUUUCUUGGCUGUAUUCCCCCCAAUCCCUUUGAAGUUCCUCUAGCAGAGGCCAUUCCCCUCGCAGACCAGCCCCAUCUGUUACAGCCAAAUGCUAGAAAGGAAGAUCUGUUUGGUCGGCCAAGUCAGGGUCUUUAUUCGUCUUCUGCUAAUAGUGGAAAGUGUUUAAUGGAAGUGACUGUGGAUAGAAACUGUCUUGAGGUUCUUCCAACCAAAAUGUCUUAUGCAGCCAAUUUAAAAAAUGUUAUGAGCAUGCAGAAUCGACAGAAAAAGGAAGAAGAACAAAAUGUGCCCUCAGAAGAAUCAGAGAGUUCAAAACCGGGGCCAUCAGCUCAUGAUCUUGCAGCACAAUUGAAAAGCAGUUUAUUGGCAGAGAUUGGGCUAACAGAAAGUGAAGGUCCACCACUAACAUCCUUCAGGCCUCAGUGUAGUUUUAUGGGAAUGGUUAUUUCUCAUGAUAUGUUGCUUGGACGUUGGCGUCUUUCUCUGGAGUUGUUUGGCAGAGUGUUUAUGGAAGAUGUAGGAGCAGAACCCGGAUCAAUUUUGACUGAGUUAGGUGGCUUUGAAGUAAAGGAGUCAAAAUUCCGCCGAGAAAUGGAAAAGCUGAGAAAUCAACAAUCUAGGGAUUUAACAUUAGAGGUUGAUCGGGAUAGAGAUCUUCUAAUCCAGCAAACAAUGAGACAGCUGAACAAUCAUUUUGGCCGCAGAUGUGCUACAACUCCAAUGGCUGUGCACAGAGUGAAGGUGACAUUUAAGGAUGAACCAGGAGAAGGCAGUGGUGUAGCACGGAGCUUUUAUACUGCUAUUGCACAAGCUUUUUUGUCAAAUGAAAAACUGCCAAAUCUAGAUUGUAUUCAAAAUGCCAACAAGGGGACACAUACAAGCCUAAUGCAGAGAUUGCGGAACAGAGGAGAGAGAGAUCGGGAAAGGGAGCGUGAGAGAGAAAUGAGGAGAAAUAGUAGUGGUUUGCGAACUGGUUCUCGGAGAGACAGAGAUAGGGACUUUAGAAGGCAACUGUCGAUUGAUACCAGACCAUUUCGACCUGCAUCAGAAGGGAAUCCUAGUGAUGACCCUGAUCCUCUUCCAGCACAUCGACAGGCCUUGGGUGAAAGGCUUUACCCUCGUGUACAAGCAAUGCAACCUGCAUUUGCAAGCAAGAUCACAGGCAUGCUUUUGGAAUUAUCCCCUGCUCAGCUGCUUCUCUUGUUAGCCAGUGAAGAUUCCCUUCGGGCAAGAGUGGAUGAAGCCAUGGAAUUGAUUAUUGCACAUGGAAGAAGAUACAGCCAUGACUGGUUUGUGAACCAUACUUCCAAACUGGAAAAUGGAGCUGACAGUAUCCUAGAUCUUGGUUUGUUGGAUUCAUCUGAUAAAGUGCAAGAAAAUAGAAAGCGACAUGGGUCUAGUCGCAGUGUUGUGGACAUGGAGUUGGAUGAUACAGAUGAUGGUGAUGACAAUGCACCACUAUUCUAUCAACCUGGAAAGCGUGGUUUUUAUACACCAAGGCCUGGCAAAAACACAGAAGCCAGGCUAAAUUGUUUCAGAAAUAUUGGCAGAAUUCUUGGGUUGUGCUUGUUACAGAAUGAAUUAUGUCCCAUCACAUUAAAUCGGCAUGUCAUAAAAGUUCUUCUUGGCAGAAAGGUUAACUGGCAUGAUUUCGCUUUUUUUGAUGCGGUUAUGUACGAGAGUUUGCGUCAGCUUAUCCUUGCUUCCCAGAGUACAGACGCCGAUGCUGUGUUUGCAGCAAUGGAUUUAGCAUUUGCAAUAGAUCUAUGCAAAGAGGAAGGUGGAGGACAGGUGGAACUUAUCGCCAAUGGUGUAAAUAUACCAGUCACUCCUCAAAAUGUUUAUGAAUAUGUCCGGAAAUAUGCAGAACACAGAAUGUUAGUAGUUGCAGAACAGCCUCUACAUGCAAUGAGGAAAGGUCUGCUGGAUGUACUUCCAAAGAAUUCAUUAGAAGACUUGACGGCAGAAGAUUUCAGGCUUUUAGUAAAUGGUUGUGGUGAAGUAAAUGUGCAAAUGCUGAUCAGCUUUACUUCUUUCAAUGAUGAAUCAGGAGAAAAUGCUGAGAAGCUUCUGCAAUUCAAGCGUUGGUUUUGGUCCAUAGUUGAGAAAAUGAGUAUGACUGAAAGGCAAGAUCUAGUUUACUUCUGGACAUCCAGUCCUUCCUUGCCUGCUAGUGAAGAAGGAUUUCAGCCUAUGCCAUCAAUCACAAUAAGGCCACCAGAUGACCAACACCUUCCUACAGCAAAUACGUGUAUUUCUCGCCUUUAUGUCCCACUUUAUUCUUCUAAACAGAUUCUCAAACAGAAAUUGUUACUCGCCAUUAAGACCAAAAAUUUUGGUUUUGUGUAGAGUAUAAAAUAUGAAUUGCAAUGUAAUUAUUACUAGCUAAUUUUUGUAGAUUUUCCAUUUGUCUAUAAAAGUUUAUGAAAGGCAAUGCUGUCAUACUCCCCCUGCUGGUACUGCAAUGACUAAAUGCAACAUUCCCGUUUGCAAUCCAAAAGCCGAGGAAGUGCUAGAGAUGUUAGACUGUAACCAUUUGCUGGUUCUCAGUGUCUUGGUCAAACUCCAGCCAAAGACGACAGCAGAACAAUAUGAAUUACACUGUGAUUUAGCUUUUUGUGGGAGGGGGAAAAUAUAAAAUGUUCUUUAAAAAAAUUCACUGCUGCCUUUGUGGAAAGUGUUUCAGCAAAGGUUCUUGUAUAGAGGGAAUAGGGAAUUUCAAAAUAAAAGAUGAAGUAUGUUCUGUGUUUUAUUUUAACUUUUUUUAAAAAUUGUGUUUAAUUUUGUGGUUGGCUGCAGUUGUGCAUCAUGUAUAUUCAAUUUAUAAAAAGUUCUUGCCACUUAGAGCUAAGAGUUGAAAUCAUUCACAUUUGCUUACGAAAACCACUGCCGCUGCAGUUUUUGUCUAUUUGCAUUGGACUCUGGUACACUAAAUACCACCACUGAUGUUUUGCAUGUAAUCUGUAUACCUUAUUGAGGAUCCUUUUGUACAUAAGAAAAGAAACCAAUGCACAGUAUUUAAUCCUUCACAAUCAACAUUUUUGUACCCCUCUUUCCUUGAGCAGUCAGUCUUGUUCCACUUCCAACUCAAACCUGGACACUUGUUCUGCUGUGUCUCAAGCUGUUUACAUUUUCAGCCUAGGCACUACCUGAUAACUGUAAAAUGUUUAUAAGAUCAUGAUUAUUUGAAGGUACAUUUUGAAGAAAUUUAAUGUUCGUGAGCAGCUUAACUACUUUUGUAUCUAGCCUUUUUUAAGUAUCUUGUUACAGUUUUUAAUAAAUUACAGACAAAGUACAAAGUCA